AUGUACAAACAACAUUAUUAUUUUAUUAUCCAUAUAAUAGCUGUAUUAAGUUCGAUUAUUCCUUUUGUUUUAACAUUUAAAUGUCGACUUUAUGAACUAGAUCAAUCAUCUAUAGAAACAAAAUUGAUUGAAAUAAAUAAUUCAUCAUCCUACAAUCUUGUUUUAAAUUUAGGCCAUUCAACAUUUUCUAGUAAAGCAACAUCAACAAAAAUUGGCAAUCAAAACUAUGUUAGUACCUAUCAUACGUUUGAUAGUUUAGGUGUACCUCAUUACUUUUUAUUAAUAGUUGAUAUUUAUUUAAAAUCAAUUAAACUUAAUUUAACAUUAAAUGAAAAAUAUGGUUCUGGAUCAUUUUGGCAAGUAGCUGCGAUUAGUGAUGAUGAUAUUAUUGGUAUAAGAGAAAGUUUACAUCCGGGCUCAACUUUAGUUAUGACUUAUGCAUCAAAACGUCGAUUAUAUUAUAAUGUAAUUGAGUCAACACUGUAUGCUAUCAAUGUUGAUACAGGAAACAUUGAUGUCAAUAUUCAAAUACCGAAUGAUUAUUUAAUAUAUGCCCUAGACUAUGAUUCUAUCAAUGAUCGUUUAAUUGCUCUAGUUUAUUCUUCGUCAAUUACAAACGGUUGGAUUUUAACUCAAAUGAUAAUAACAGCAAAACAAGAAAUAACAUUCGAUCGCAUUGGUAAAAUAAUAAUUCCAUUUGAGAAAUAUCUAUGGGCAACAAUAUAUACAAUAAGUUCAAACAAAAAUUCAUGGAUGACUAUAUGGAGAGUUGAAGAUUCAAAUGCUAGUAUUUUUAUCUCAUUCAAUAUCGAUAAUGGAGAAAUAAUCGAAAAAUGGGAAAUAAGGUCAAGGGAUCUUGGUAAUUUAGUUUGUUUUGAUUAA